AUGACUGAUAGUAAAGCACCAACCCCCUCGGAUGAUCACAUUCCUCAAGUAUCACAUAUUGCAUUAAAGCUUCCUCCAUUCUGGUCUGGUCGUGUGGUUGCAUGGUUUGCGCAGGCUGAGGCAAAUUUUGAAAUUUCAGACAUCAUGAGGCCGCCCGGAGUACCGCACGAGGUGAAGCACGACACGGAACAUCGCAUCCUGACUACUGAUGGCCCUCCUGUCGCUGCUCGCCCUCGCCGCCUUGCACCCCAAAAACUACAGGCUGCUCAGAGGGAAUUUGCUGAUAUGGUGUCAUCAGACGCUUCCAGCACGCAUGUCGGAGCAGCACUUCAGCAGAGGGUGAACAACCAGUGGGAGCCCCUCGCUUUCUUCAGCAAGAAGCUCACGCCCCGCCAGACCACCUGGCCUGCCUACUACAGGGAGCUACUAGGAGUGUACGAGGCCGUUCAGCAUUUUCGACUAACGAGGGCGCCUGACUCUGUCAGUACGAAGCCCACUGCUGCACCAGCUGCUACACCCCAACCCGCGCCUUCACCCUUACCAGCGGCGCCUAUCAGGACCAGAUCAGGACGCAGGGUCCGUUUUAAGCAAGUAUUAGAUUUA